UCUACUCAAUUUAGCAUACCUGGUAAACCCUAGGUCAGGCUCUGUGAAAGACUCGAGUCUUUUUCGAUGGCGUUUCCUUCUUCCACGGCAGCGUCUCCAGGUCAAGGUCGGAAAUCCCGUUUUUUUUAUGCUGCCUCCACCGGAGACCUGCCUCUCUUAAAGAGGCUGACCGACGAGUUUCGGAAGCUGGAUCUGAAAAUUGAGAAUAUACAGGAUGCAGAGGGUCAAACGGCUCUACAUUUUGCAGCUGCCAAAGGAAGACUUCAGGUUUGCGAGUAUCUUCUGGAAGAAGUAAAGCUGGAUAUUGAUGUCAGGGAUGGGCUUGGCCGGACUCCUUUACACCAUGCAGCUAGCAAUGAGAAUUUCCUCGCUGCUGUAUAUUUGCUUGAGCACGGAGCAAAUCCAAAAGCAAAAAAUAUCGAGUGGCGAACUCCUUUGCAUUAUGCUGUUGAAAAAGGACCCAAGGAGCUGCUGAAGCUCUUAUUAUCAAAAGAUAACAACGCUGAUGUGAAUGCAAUUUCAUAUGAUUUAAUGACCCCAUUGCUGGUGUCUGUCUUUGAUGGAAAAUUUGAUUGUAUGAAGCUGCUGCUUAAGGUCUACUUAAUGUGGGGUGGACAGAUGCUAUUGAAUGCUGAAGCUGAUCCCAAUUUCACUAACAAUGCAGGUAUGACACCAGUUGAAAUUGCAGCCUUGAAAGGUUAUCUUCAGGCUGUUAUGAUUCUAUUUCCCGUGACCAAACCCAUUCCUACUAUUCCAGAUUGGAGCGUGGUUGGAUUAACUGAGCAUGUUCACUCUGAUGAGGCUGAAGAGGAGGCAUCCUAUUGCAAAAAAGAUGCAGCUGUACUAUCCAACCAAAGCUUGUGUUGGGCUCGCUUGAAUGAAGGGGGCCUUGCAUUAGAAAUAGUUCAACUUUGCAGCUUAAUACGGCCUGAGUGGCCAAAGGCAUACUAUAGGCAGGGUGUAGCUCUGAUGUUGUUGAAAGAUUUUGGAAAUGCUGCCGAUGCUUUUUAUAACGCUUGGAAGAUGGCUCUUGAUAACAAAAAAAUUGAACAUGCAUUUAGAUUUGCUUACAGUUCUAAUUGGUCUGCUACCCUUGACUUUGGUUUGAAGAAUGUCUGUCCCGAUCUUAAUGCACUUUGUGAAGAGCAUGAUGAAAAGGGACGGGCUGCAUCAUAUUGCAAGUAUGGAGAUGCAACUGUCGUAUCUAACCAAAGCUUGUGUUGGCCCCGCUUGAAUGAAGGAGGGCUUACAUUAGAAUUGGCUGAACUUUGCUGCUGCAUAUGGCCUGACUGGCCUAAGGCAUGCUAUAGGCAGGCAUUUUUGGAAGCUGCUGAUGCCUUCUACAAGGCUUGGACAAUGACUCUUGAUAACAAGGACAUUGAGCAUGCUUUUAGUCUCCAUCUUACCAGUGGCUCUGAUGGUCAGAGGAUUGCAGGGGAUUUCCCUUCUCAGACUGGCUGCAAGAACCUGCAUUGUGUACGAUGCUUUCAUAAGUCAAGAGGGUGAAACACAAGGCAAGUGGGUGAAACUUCAGCAUUCAUUCAAUGCAAUUGUUAUGCAAUAGCUCUUUAACUGUUGCUUUCCUAUGCCUUGUGUCAUAUGCUUUUGUUUGUUUGUAACCGGCAGGAGUAUAACUUGUACUCUAAUUAAUAAAUUGCUUUUCA